AAGUUGCCUUUUGUCUAGACUUCAGUUCAGAAAGUAUAGCAAAGUAACUACUUGGCGAUAAACUAAUUCAAAGAGAAUUAAAUAAUGGAUAAUUUUGAUAACAUUCUUGGUUCUUCUCCUAGUACCCACUAUGCCAGGAAUGAGUUGUGCUUAAUCGAACGAGAUGCUCCAGUGAAAAAGUUAUAUCUCCCCAACGUUCCAGAAGAUCUAAAGAAGGAUAAAUUAGUUAAACAUUUUAUUAACUUUGGGCGUGUCCUAAGUGUGCAGAUAUUUUACAAAGUUAAACAACCUUUAACGCGGAUCGGAUUUGUUCUAUUCGCAAAAACUACAGCCGCAGUCAGGGCUUUGCAAAACAAUUUGCAUAAAGUGAAUGGCCACGAAAUUAAGGUCCUUGCGGCCUGUAGCUGGCAUCAACCGGACAUAUAUGGGGCCUCAGAGCCACUGCCAUCUUGGGAGGCACAAAUUUUUAUGCUUCCUGAUGAUUGCCUAUUAAUGAUUAUGGAAUUGCUUCCGCUGGUAGAUCAAUUAUAUUUUCAAAGUGUUUGCCAGCGUUUUCGAUCUGUAUAUCAAUUAAUUUCAAGAAUCAAACAUAAAUCGAUUGAUUACCAAAUAUUGCAGAACUUGACCCCUUGCGAUAUUCGUGAAUUUUUUCACGUAGCCGGGCCAUAUUUCCAGAACUUUAAUGGCUCUGUGAUGCAAGAGAGAAUAUUUAAAGGCCGCUUGGUAAAAUAUUUUCAAGGAAAUUUCAUCAACUUGAAGUCGUUGGACAUUUCGGGUGCCAUUUUGACUGAAGAGAACGUGUUUAAUAUAUUUUCAAGUACCAAUAAGUUGGAGAAUCUGAUAUUAGAUCAUUGUUGUCUGACGGAUGAGAGUUUGUUAGCCUUGAAAGACUUGACCAAUCUCAAAACACUUAGCAUUGCCUGCAAUAGGUCUCUCAGUGGCCAUAAUCUAGUGAUGCUGCCCAUCUCGAUUGAGAACCUGAAUCUGUCAUUUUGUAUUAGAAUUCAGCCAAGCCAUGUUAUUCAGAUGUGCAAGUCUUUAACCAACCUAUUGGAACUCAACAUUGUCGGUGUCGAUCCCAUAACCAAUUAUGGAAAUUUUUACAACAAUAUGAUUGAACAAAACCCUUGUGUUUCUCUUCAAACAUUGGGCCUUUCUACUUAUGAUCAAUGCGAUGGUAUAGCCAAACUACCUAAUCUAAAGAAUAUUUACAUAGUCAUAGUAGAAAUUCCAAAGGAAGUUAGUGAUACCAAAUUCUUCGAUCAACUGGUAAUUUUUAAAUACGAGCAAUUGGAAGAAUUGAAAAUUGAUGAAGCCUUUCAUAUUACUAAGCAAAUGCUCCUGCAAAUUGCAAAGUUAACUGGAUUGAAGACUCUUUCGCUCUAUAAAGCGAACAACAUUGAUGAUGAUGUCAUCGAAGCAUUUACCAACCUGAAAAAACUGGAGAAUAUUAUUCUUCAGAACGGCAAUUUCAGCGAUUCGAUUAUUGUGCGUCUGGUACUUGGAUGUCCGAAGUUGAAGGAGGUGAAUCUUGUAUAUUGUUUACAAAUAACUCGAAAAUUAUUGGACGAUAUUGUUGUGAAGAUUCCAAUUUACUACAAAAAGAAUGAGCGCAAGCUGCCCAUAUUAAUUUUUCUAUCCGACAAUUCGUAUCAUAGAUGUCCCUUUAUGGCUCCAGCUCAGGAUAUAGUCAAAAUAUUCUGCUACCAUACAUAAUAAAAUGAUUUAAUGGAUCGAUUACGAAUCUAAUCAUAUGAUCUAUAAAUAAAUAGAAGUUUUCAAAAUUUCUCUCAA